GUGUGUGUAUUACGUCUGUGAUCUUUGCUGUCUAUUUCGUAGUUUCUUCAGCUUGUAACCCUCCUUCUGCAUAGCAAUAUAGAAAGGCAGUAUACAAAUUAAAAGCGAAAUGAAAUAUGGAAAUGAAGCGGUGUUACUGCCCGAAAACUAUCCCAUAAGGAAAUGCACCGAAAAAGCUUUCCUUUCUUACAAUACAUUCUCAUUUUCUGAUGUCUCCCAUAAGAGUGCAUUUCUCGACAUGUAAUAGAAUAUGUCUGUAAGCAAAGCCACAGCCAUUCCUUUUCUCCUCCUCAGAUGCCGAGCGUUGCACCAAAUGUCCAGAAGAACAAUAUCCAAACAAGGACCGAGAUCACUGCAUUCCGAGGAUUAUCACCUUCCUAUCAUAUAAACAAUAUCUGGGGAUUCUCCUGACUUCUUUGGCUCUCUUCCUGUCCUUAACCACAGGCUUUGUUGUAGGGAUCUUCAUUAAAUACAAGGAAACUCCCAUAGUCAAAGCCAACAACAGGGACCUCUCCUACAUCCUCCUUGUCUCCCUCCUGCUGUCCUUCUUGUCCUCCUUCCUCUUCAUUGGCCGUCCCAGGAAAGUCACCUGCCUCCUUCGACAAAUGGCCUUCAGCACCAUCUUCUCAGUUGCUGUAUCCUCUUUGCUGUCCAAAACCAUCAUGGUGGUGCUGGCCUUCCUGGCCACAAAGCCAGGGAACAGGGUGAGGAGAUGGUUAGGGAAAAGUCUGGCCAACUCCAUUGUCCUUUCCUGCUCCAGUGUCCAAAUGGUCAUUUGCAUCAUUUGGCUGUGUAUCUCUCCCCCAUUCCCAGACUCUGACAAGCACUCCCAGGCUGGAGAGAUCACCCUGCAAUGCAAUGAGGGGUCUGUUGCCAUGUUUUAUGCUGCCCUGGGUUACAUGGGCUUCCUGGCUGCCAUCUGCUUCACGGUGGCUUUCCUGGCCAGGAAGCUGCCUGGGGCCUUCAAUGAAGCCAAGCUGAUCACCUUCAGCAUGCUGGUCUUCUGCAGCGUUUGGGUCUCCUUUGUGCCCACCUACCUGAGCACAAAGGGGAAAUACAUGGUAGCUGUGCAGAUCUUCUCUAUCUUGGCUUCUAGUGCUGGACUUCUGGGCUGCAUCUUCAUUCCCAAAUGCUACAUUCUUGUUCUGAGGCCUGAUCUGAACACAAAGGAACACCUGGCCACAAAAACUAAAGUUGUUGCCUGAUUAUUAACAUAUUUAUAACUGUUUUCCUCCACAGAGUUGCCUUGGGAAUGAUUGUAUCUCCUUAGAUAAUGUUUGCUCUUCAUUUUUCAUUCAUCUUGAAUGAUGAAAGGGAAUCAUUGAAUCACGUGCCUGGAGUGUUUCUGGACAAACAACUUUUAGGGAUAUCCCUACCUGUAGAGUUACACGUAGUGCAGCGUCCCUCUUCAUACAUAAUUAUCUUUCUCUACCAUAUCCAGUUUGUACUUUGACAUGACCCACCUUCCUUUCUUCCUGAAUUCAUAACCGAAGCCCAAAGAAUAACUUAGUGUAACUUGAAAUUCUGCUUCUAGUAUUAAAAAAAGCAACUGAAAAACGGAGUCUCACUUGAGUGUAUUAAUGCUUGAGGGAACCUCCAGAAGGCCCUUGGAGCUGGACCUCAGUAUCUGGUCUGGACGAUGGGUGUGGAGACGCUCCUUUAGAUAUUCAGGGCCAAUGUCAUUUAGGGUUUUCAAGGUCAGCUUCAACAAAUGAAUGUGACAGCUGUCUGUUUGGUGGGAGUGAGAGGGGCACCACGAUAGCUGGAGCCAGAGACAUGAUGGAGAAGAACCACCACUUGUAAGUAAGAAGGCAGAAGAGUGUGGUGUCAUGAAGGCCGGUUGAGCUUGGUGGUGUAGUCCGCAUUCACCCCCAUGGAGCAGACCUCUCACUUAUUUGCCCUGAGCUGCUGAAGAAGGACAGGAUGCACCCCUUUUGUCUCCCUCUCUUAUAUAGCACCAGCACUCAUAGACAUCCAAUGAAUCAGAAGGUUAGGAGAUUGAGAGCAAACAAAAUAUUGAAUCAUGCAGUACAUAGUUACUUCCCCCAAGUGCCAGUGGCUGGUGACCAGUGCCUGGCAAGGCUCAUUGCUUUCAUGCCGUGCUUGUGAGCUUCUCAGUAAUGUCUGAUUGGCCACUGUGUUGCAGGACUAGAUGGGAGUUUGGGCUAACCCAGCAGGGCUGUUCUUAGCAAAGUUCAAGCCAAACUCAUGCCCAAAAUGCAAGUGACUCAUGUUGCAGUUUGAAGCCACAUCUGCGAUUUCAUAGAAUCAUAGAAUCAUAAAGUUGGAAGAGACCAUAAGGGCCAUCGAGUCCAACCCCUGCCAAGCAGGAAACACCAUCAGAGCACUCCUGACAUAUGGUUGUCAAGCCUCUGCUUAAAGACCUCCAAAGAAGGAGACUCUACCACACUCCUUGGCAGCAAAUUCCACUGUCGAACAGCUCUUACUGUCAGGAAGUUCUUCCUAAUGUUUAGGUGGAAUCUUCUUUCUUGUAGUUUGGAUCCAUUGCUCCGUGUCUGCUUCUCUGGAGCAGCAGAAAACAACCUUUCUCCCUCCUCUAUGUGACAUCCUUUUAUAUAUUUGAACAUGGCUAUCAUAUCACCCCUUAACCUCCUCUUCUCCAGGCUAAACAUGCCCAGCUCCUUUAGCCGUUCCUCAUAAGGCAUCGUUUCCAGGCCUUUGACCAUUUUGGUUGCCCUCCUCUGGACACAUUCCAGUUUGUCAGUGUCCUUCUUGAACUGUGGUGCCCAGAACUGGACACAGUACUCCAGGUGAGGUCUGACCAGAGAAGAAUACAGUGGCACUAUUACUUCCCUUGAUCUAGAUGCUAUACUCCCAGAAUUGCAUUGGCUUUUUUAGCUGCCACGUCACACUGUUGGCUCAUGUCAAGUUUGUGGUCAACCAAGACUCCUAGAUCCUUUUCACAUGUACUGCUUUCAAGCCAGGUGUCACCCAUCUUGUAUUUGUGCCUCUCAUUUUUUUGCCCAAGUGCAAUACUUUACCUUUCUCCCUGUUAAAAUUCAUCUUGUUUGUUUUGGCCCAGUUCUCUAAUCUGUCAAGGUCGUUUUGAAGUGUGAUCCUGUCCUCUGGGGUGUUAGCCACCCCUCCCAGUUUGGUGUCAUCUGCAAAUUUGAUCAGGAUGCCCUUGAGUCCAUCAUCCAAGUCAUUGAUAAAGAUGUUGAAUAAGACCGGGCCCAAGACAGAACCCUGAUUUGGCGUAAACAUAUUUUCUGUCAGCUCUGUCAGUGCCCCUUGAACCAUGUAGUGAUCCCAAUAACUUUCUCCCCUUUCAAUUAUAAAAAUGAUAGUGAUUUAUUCUUCCCAAAGCUCAAGAGAGAUCUCUGGCAGUUGCCCAAACAUCAGAAGCCAAGGAAGCCUGAGGUUAUACGUAUCACACUGUGCUGGAGGGUGUUAACUUCUGAUUAUCUGGCUGUGUGGGAGAAAGGAGAAGUCAAAAUAGAGGUGUAGGAGGCCAAGCCAGAAUGACCUCCCUGCUGCGGCUUCUGCUGCUACCUCUGCUUCUAAUGCACCAUCAAGUCUUGACGCGCAUCGUAAAUUAAUAAUGCCGAGUUUUAAAGAAUAAAAGCUUUACUAAGUUAAAAUAAAUUUCUUCAUAAACAACAUGCUUCCAAACAGUUUGACACUCAGAUUACAUACUAACUCUGCUCACAUCUGAAGCAGAGAGACUGAUUUUUUACAGAGAGCACAAAAGAGAAACUGGCUACUAUGUCACAUGUCAGAGUCACCCAACAGUUAGCAGUUAGGCCUGAAUAACUUUAGUAGGCCCAAAUGACUGUGCAGUCCCAGCACUUCCCAGCCUGCUUUGCUGCUUCUGCUCUCAUGUGUCUUU